GAACAAAAUGAAUAUCUAUUAUGAGACUGAAACAUUAAAUAUGAGUGAAGCACGAGAUUCUGUUAAGAUAUUUGCAAAUAUAUUCAUUUCCUUUAUUGGAGCUGGAGUUCUGGGUCUGCCAUAUGCGUUUAAAAAGGCCGGCCUACUAGAGGGUAUUCUAGUGAUGAGUCUUGUCAGCUAUUUUUCUGUCAAAGCCAUGCUCCUACUCAUAGAUUGUAAAUACAAGGUUUUAAAUAUUUUGAACUCUGGACCAGAGAACGGUAGGAAAAGAAGUUUAAGCAGAGGAGAGAAGACUAAGACGUUGGAUGGAAACAGUUAUGUUGAACUCAAAUGUUCAGAUGUGGAUGAAGACGAUAUUAAAGGAGAGAAGAAUAAUAUCAGAAGCAGACAUGUUUCUUCUUCUAGAGUAUCAUCUACUGAGAUUUCCUACAGUGAUAUAGGAUUCUCAGCACUGGGUAUGCCUGGCAGAACACUGGUAGACUUUUCUCUUCUUCUAUCACAGAUAGGAUUUUGCUGCGCUUAUCUUAUUUUCAUCACAGAAAACCUCUCUUCGUUUAUGCCUUCUGUAGAUAAGAAUCAGUGGUUGGCAAUGCUUCUCCCUCCUCUCUUCAUUCUUACACUCAUUAAGGAUCUCAGUAAAUUCGCACUUUUCAGCCUUUUUGCACAGGUGUCCAACUUGUUUGCCUUCACAAUAGUUUAUUGGUUUGAUUUCCAGCAUCUUCACUUAGCACAGGUGGAUCCAAAGGAGUUUUCUUUGGAAGGACUUCCAUACUUCUUCUCUGUUGCAAUCUACUGUUAUGAAGGGGCUGGAAUGAUCCUGUCCCUUGAAUCCUCUGUAGCUGAGGACCUCAGAGACAAGUUUAAACAGUUCUUUAUCAGAACUAUUAUAGUGAUAACCACGCUCUACAUUACAUUUGGUGCAGCAGGCUACCUCUCUUACGGAAAUGAUACAAGAGAUAUAAUUACUCUCAAUCUACCGAAUUCAGGCGGACUCAACUCUUCUCUAAUUGUUAAAAGCUGUCUUUGCAUCAGGCAAUUAAUCAAUAAAUCAAUAAAUCAAUAAAUUAAUAAAUCAAUA